AUGGCCAGGGAUGCGGACGAUUAUUUCGCUGAGGACACCUCAAAAUUGCCAUUUCUGCAUGUUUGGUCGUUGGCGGUGGAAAUGCAAUUUUAUCUGGUUGCUCCGUUACUUUUUAUUUUGGGGAAGAUAGAGAUUAGAGGCCGAUCGAUUAACAAGCCGAUCGUGAUCGUUGCUUUUGCUCUUGCCCUCUUCUACAGUAUCCAAGCCACCGAAAUUGCCGCAUUUUAUGAGCCG